CGCAACUUAGUACUCGACCGACAGCCUUCGAGGGCAACAGCAACCAGCUUCCUACGCCCCCACUCAGUGGACAUCCAAGUGUAAAACGCAUCAGCUUCUUCAGCGAGCAGGGCGAAUUCGUUCACGUCUGUAUCAGCUACAAGGAACUGAAUGCUAGUCCGAAUGACACAGAUUCUGAUGCGGAGACCGACAUUCUCAUCCCCACCGUCAACGAUACGACCAGAGGUUCUAGGAGACUCACUCCACCUCACUUCACCGAUCAGGAGCAUGAUGGAACCCCCAAUGGCUUUCGCUUCAUGGACCUCCCACUGCAUAUCAAGAAGCAAAUCUAUUCGCACCUUCUCUUGGUCCCAGGCCUCGUGUUCAUGCGCCAGUACUCAACUCCCAUUUUACACCACCCGACACCGUUCUGCAACAUCAACGAGCGUAGGCUUGAACCUGGCGUCGCCUACACUCUCACACGAGUCACUGCAGGUGGAACCACCUCUCGCUUCUGGCGCCAUUACCUCACCAAUGUUGCUAUCGUCCGCACCAAUCGCCAGGUCUAUGAGGAAGCCAGGCCGAUCCUUUACGGUGAGAAUAUGUUCGAGAUGACCAACCUCACCAACGAGACAUCCCCGCCAGCGCAGUUCGGCAUGCAUCUCUUUCCAUGGGGCUGCAACGUCCUGAUCCGCAAGCUGUGCUUCCGCGCUCACGCCAUCUAUCCCUUCGCCUGGCUGCUCAACUCCGGUCAUAUCGGCAUCCUACCCAUAUAUCGUGAACUCGAGUCUGUCACCCUCAUUGUGGAGCUCGAAGCUGUCACUAGGGGCCUUGGCAAGGCUUUGGUGCGCAUGGAUCGUGAGAAGUGGGUCCCUUACGUCCAGCGAAUCUACAAGGUCCUCGCUAUGGAUAUCUUCGGUUGCACUAGUGUUAUCAAAUCAAUCCCAAUCUGGAUCGAUCUUAGGGUAAUUUUUGACGGAGAGCCGUUCAUCGAGGGCCUGACAAUGGAGAAUGAGAGGGGGCUAGGCAUUCGGAAGAUAGAGAUUAAGCGUGCUGUUUCCGAGGCCUUCGAGUUGUUCAAGCGAGGUGGAUUCUGAACUCUGCCAAGCUUUCCUACUUUCCACUAUUUUCCCCUACUAGUGGCAUCUACUGGAUGAAUACUUCCUGUGCUUCUUUGCGCUUCUUGUGCAUGAUAGGGAUCGCUUUGGGUUUAUAGUUCGAGCUUACUUCUAUGAAAACUUGCUCCUCACUUCAGGUAGCUCUUCAACAUGUAAUGAUUUUCCC